ACAAAUAUGUCAUAAUGAGCUCAAGUUCCAUGGAAGCUAGCUUGAACAUGGAGAAACCUAUGUUCAGUUUCUUUGAGGUUAAAGAUGAACCAAAAAUCAAGAAUAUCAAUCACUUUCAUGAUGAUCAUACCCUAGCAUCAAAAACCUCACCUCAGAUUGUGCUGGAUUCAUCAGCUAAAGGUGAGAUGGGUCAAGUUAGAGAAGAGAACCAAAAGUUGAAACAUAAAUUAUCCGUCGUUUUGAACGAUUACAAAUCGUUGCAAAUGCACUUUAACGACUAUUUCCAACAAGAAGAAGUUACUAAAAGUUCAGAAAAACAGGCUCAUGAUCAGGAAGCUGGUGAUGGGAAUGAACUCGUUUCUCUAAGCCUUGGAACAGUUUCUAGUUGUAAACACAAGAGUGAUGGUCCAAAGAAGGUGAAUUGCUUCAGCAAAAGCAAACAAGACAGUGAUGAGGAUGAUCAAGAACUCAAACUAGGUUUGGGCUGCGAAUUUGACUCGACUCCAACUAGAGUUGACUUGAACAACGUGAAGAACGAUGAAAGAACACAUACGGUGGAACCACCGGUUCAUGGUUUGAAAACUGAGAGAAGUGAUGAUAAUGAGCUUUUGGAUCAGCUUCCCUUGAAGAAGGCUAGAGUUUCUGUAAAAGUUGUAUGCGACACCCAAACGAUGAAUGAUGGAUGUCAAUGGAGAAAAUAUGGGCAGAAAAUAGCGAAAGGGAAUCCAUGUCCUCGAGCAUAUUACCGAUGCACGCUGUCACCAUCUUGCCCAGUCAGAAAACAUGUGCAAAGAUGCGCGGAGAACAGGUCUGUCCUGAUCACCACCUAUGAAGGAACUCAUAACCACCCACUUUCAGUAUCAGCAACCGCAAUGGCUUCCACCACUUCAGCCGCCGCGUCAAUGUUAAAAUCCACAUCAUCAACCUCACAACUCGGUCUCACCACCACUGCCCCCUCUACCACCUCCACAACCACCUUUGCAAGCCACCAUGGCAUGGGUUACAAUUCCAUAGCACCUCAAUACCCAUUUUACCACCUACCCAAAACCACAAUAUCUACCAAUCAAUCACACCCAACUAUCACCCUUGAUCUCACAUCAAACCCCCAUUUCAGCAGAUCAAACUCAUCAACCUUUACAAUGACACCAAGAUAUUCUUCUUCCACAUGCCUUAACUUUUCUUCUCCAUCAUCAACUCUUUCUUCCUCCAUUGAAUCCAACUACAAGAAUAUUAAUACUAUUCCCUUUUCAUAUCAUGCGAAACAAACCCCAUCACAUGAUAUUUUCAAGAAUAUGACUAGUUCUACUUCACAACAACAACAUUCAGCCGACACAAUUGCAGCUGCAACAAAAGCUCUAACCUCAAAUCCGUCUUUCCGAUCAGCAUUGGCUGCUUCAAUGGCAUCACUUGUCAGAAACGUCGGAGGCGGGUCCAAGAUAUGAUAAUUAAGAACUUAACAUGUUCAUUGUAACUUUGAAGUGAACACAGUUUUGUUUCCACUGCUUAUAGUAUCUCUUGUUGUUCAUGAAUAAUCUAUAACAUGUAUAUCUCAUAAUAAGCCUAUCAUUAUGUACAAGUCAUGCAGUUGGUGUACAUAGGCCAAAUCAAUGUGAAAUAUUACACAAUUUUCAAA